GGGUUAUUUAAGGAUGUGGGCUAAAGGAACUCAAGAGCCCAAUUCAAUGUGUUAUUGGUUGUGGUACUGGACCAACCUGAGCCCAACACUGAAUAAGGAAACAGUGGGCGUAUACGGUAUUAGUAUAUAUCCCCGCCAGGCCGCCACUCUCUCUCUCUGUCUCUCCCUCUAAUCUGGUCAGUCGGUCAUUUGCCCCUCGCACUGUAAGCGGAAAGUAGCGGACCAAUGAUGCCGCCGACGGCCGAGCCUUCUCCCGACCAUGCUUCCACUUCCUCCGGCGAUAAAGACUCCGACCCCGUUCUGGAUAACAGUUCUCCGGCUCCUAUUCCUGCUCCCGAGGUCUCUAGCCAUCGCGAGGAAGAACCUGGACCUGAAACUCCUCCUAACAAAGAAGGUGGAGACGUUCUGGAACUUAUUGCAUCCACUGGGAAAUUCUGGCACAACUGGGAUGACUUGAAGAUUAUGCUAUCCUCUAAGCUGAAGCAGGUAUGGGGAGGUAUGCAAACGUGUUUCCAUGACGUUCUGUCCGAGUAUCCCGAGGUGAAAAUGACUAGUGAGGAGCAGAAAGCUUCACUAGGAGAAACCUACCCAGAGCUGAUGAAAAGGCUGGAUGAUGGUAAGCUUGUGCACCCCCUUUCUCUUCUUAGUUUUGAUGAAGGUCCGCCGUUUACCCUGCAAAGGCUAUGUGAGAUCCUGUUGACAGCAAAGAGCAUAUACCCAAAUCUCUCAAAGCUUGCUCUAGCUCUAGAAAAGAAUCUAUUAGUGACAUCCACGUUGACUGCUUGUACGGAUCCACAUCCACUAGCGACUCAAAAUCAGGAUGAAACUGACAAAGCAACUCCAAUCCAGCAGCAACCAUCCCACUCCGAACAAAAUGGAGUCCAGCACCCUACAGCAGCAGAUGGGGAUGAAAUAAUGGCCGACGUCGAGACUGAUAUUGGCGAUGAGAUGACUAUUGACAUGGAACCCUUGGAAGAAAUGAAAUAGUUGGGUCGAUCUCCGGAGACAAAAAUUUAUGCAUGAAUCUCGAAAAUCCUAACCAAACUUUGUAUGUCCUAUGACCUUAUCGGCUCAUUUAGAUUCUUAUGGUUCCUUCUUUAGAGCAUACAUCGAUUCAUUACUAUUCCACAUGCGCUAGACUGGAAACAGAUGGUCGUAUGUAUCAGUUGAUUAGAAUCAUCAUGUUGUUGUUCAUGAUUAUGCUGGUCUCGCUUACUUUCAAGUUGGAAUGAAUGGGUUUUGAGAAGUAGAUCGAUUUUGAUGUCUUAUCGUUUUUAUGAUUUUGAAGUCUAUUGCUUCGAUGAUUGGUUGUUGAGUUUUUGUGAUGGAUUGUGGCGUGGUGGAUUGAUCUAUCACCAUGUUCAUCGAUUCGGGGAUAAAUAUGGUGAAGUAGAUUGAUUGAUUCGAAUCUUUGAUUUACAGAUCAAUUAGGUGUGAACCCAUCGGGGCUUGAAUCCAUCUCUUUUUGUUGAGCCAACGAAUCGAUUUGAAGAAAUCCCUUAUCAUGGAUUCUGGAAACUCAUCAGCCAAAGGAGCUGCAGUGUAACAUAUGACACAUAAGAUUAUUGAUCCAUAUCAUACACUGUGGAUUGAGCUACACACCCAAAUUCAUUCUAUAUUCGUGCAAGAAAGCAAUAUAGAAAUCCUGAAUUCUCCAUUAUGCAUGCAUAAGGUAUAGCACUACUACGACGACGAGGCUCGAACCCUAGGGGACAACUUGACUUCGAGCGGGUGCUUCAUAACAACGGUAAACUCAGGCUUCUCCGCCAGAUCAACCUCCCCUGCAGCUUCCCACUUGAAGUUCCUCACAAGAUUAGCCACAAAGUACUCGAGAUGCAGCAUCGCCAGAGUAUACCCAGGACACAUCCUUCUCCCAGCACCGAACGGCAUCAUCUUGAUCUCCUUGCUUCCGGUCAAAUCGAACUCACCACCACCACCUUCGAGGAACCUCUCCGGCUUGAACGCCAUGGGGUCCUCCCAGACCUUAGGAUCCCACCCCAUCUCCGCCACCAUGAAGUUAACAGCAGCGUUCUUGGGGAUCACAAACUUGCCGUCCAGCACCGUAUCCUCCGUCACCGAAUGCGGCAGCACGAAAUGACCCGGCGGGUGUCUCCUCAAUCCUUCCAAGCACACGGCUCUCAGGUACCUCAUCUUCCCCAAAUCCUCCUCAAAAACCUCUUCACUUCCUUCCACCACUGCGCUUUCAACCUCCCGAAACAGCUUCUCCUGAACGUCAGGGCACUUCACCAAGUUCGCCAUGAUCCACUCCAAUGCUGUUGUAGUCGUGUCAGUCCCUCCGUCGAGGAACUCGGAGCACAAGCCCAGAAUUUCCCCCUCGUUGAGCUUCCUCUUCCUCUGCUCUCCGUUACCAUCAGUGUCUGGUAGCUCCAUCUCGAGCAAUGAAUCCACGUAGCAGGUACGUGCUUGUUCUUCUUCCCCCUCCCCUUUUCCAAAUUUUUCCGUCCUGGCUCUGAUUAGAGGGAGAAGGACCUGAUGCUGUUCAUGACGAAGCUGAUGAAAUUCCUUCCAUUGGCGACGGAGGAGGAAUUUAGUGAUGCUCGGCCAGAGAUUGAGUAUCUGAAAGCGACGGAAUCCGAGCAGCAUCCUCCUCUGAACUCGUCCCACCUCAUGGAUUUGAUCCUCCUCCAGCCUGUCGCCGAAGCACAUGAGCACCAGCAGGGCGAACAUGGCGUGGUGGAUGUGAUCUUUCAACCUCAGGCUGCUCUGUUCUUGGUUGUGAUGGUUCCGGAUUCGGCGGAGGAGGAUUUGGAGGACCCAGGAGCGAGCGCGGGAGAAGGACCUGACGCGGGAAGGGUGGAGGAUUUGGGAAGUGAGGUUGCGGCGGAGGAGGCGCCAUGUGAUGCCGUAGGAGGCGGAGCUGAUGUUGUGCUGGUUGGAAGAGACGAUUUUGGAGACAGGGGGAGCCGGCGGCCGGUCGGCGAAAACGGCGCCGUCCUGGAUGAGGGCUUGGUGGGCUAAGGAGUGGGAGGAGAUGAAGAUGACCGGACGGGAGAAGAUGCGGAUUUUGAUGAUGGAGCCGUACCUGGCGCGGAGCUUAACGAGUGCUGGUUCCAGGUCGGAGAAUCCUUUGCUUCUCAGCAUCCAGAGGAAGGUGCCGAUGAUUGGGAUGGAGAAUGGUCCUGGUGGGAGCUUGCUGUGUGAGGGCUUGAAGAGGAGGGUUUUACAGAGUACGAGGGUCAGGGAGGUGAUGACGGCGGCGACGAUGAUCCAGCUGAUUUCCUCCAUUGCUGCUGCUGCUCUGCUCGCUAAGAGAAGAAGCAGAGCAAUACCCACGAAGUUUGAGUCCUGAUAGCUGAGAAGAUAUAGAUACAGAGACUCAGAGAGUGAUGUGCUAAGGGAUUUCAACUUCAGGGGGAAGAAGUGGAGGACGUGCUUUGGCGUAGGGAGAUGGUUUUGUGGAUCAGGGCAAGCCUUUGUCUGACAAAGAAACAAAGGUGGGAGUAAAUGGACGUACUGUGGUUGCUCCAAUAAGAGAAGAGAAAGAGAGAUGGGAAGAGGAUGUGAAGUGUUUUUGUCUUAGAUGAGUGUCUUUCUCUUGUAGAUUAGUGAUGAAAAUGAAGUGGAAAGGUUUGCUGUCAUCUUCCUUUUGGUUUUAUUCAUUCGUCCCGGGAAAUUCCAAAGCAGAGUGGACAAAUAAGAAAUCUCACAAGUGUCUGGCUCCACGGCCACCACAAACGAGACGAGAGGCCGACAUACGGAAGAUCUGGCUCACACUGCAAUCACCACGGGUGGCGUGGUCGAACGUCACGAGAUAUAGAGAGAUGUGUCUCCUCUGCUCUCUAUUUCCUUCCCGAGUUGGCGCCGGAAGCGGACCGGUCUAGAAUUAGAGUUUAGAAGUUAAUUUUUUGUAAUAUUAAUCCGCAAGUUCCCUAAAUUUCGGAUUUACGGUUCAUUACGAUUUUUUAGGGGAUUACCGGAUUCCUAUUAGCAG